GUAUGUUCUAGCUAGUUUGUUACUUAGCUAUGUUAAAGUGAUUUACAUUUGCGAUUCUUCAGAGUGUUUAAAGCUCUUACUUAAGCUACGCAUUUCCCUAGCAUUUCUGUCCAACUAUAAAAUGGCCUUCCUUAUAUGUAGUUAGGGAUCAAACCCAUUACCUGACUUAACAGUUUAGAUAGAUAGAUAGAUGUGCAUAUUGUACAUGGCUAGCCUCACAAAUAUCGAGGGAUAUACCCUGUCUAUUAUUUCCAGGAGGGGCCAUGGCGUAGAUGGAGAGUCCUAGAGUAUUUAAUGCUCAUUUUGAGCUACGCAGACCCAAUUAAAGCCUGCGCUCUACUAGACAACUCCCGACAACAUCCAACGGCCCACACAGUGUGCCAUCUUCCCAAUUUCCCUCACAUGGCUUGGGUUAACCCGGGGCUAUGGUAACAUUCACUCGCCCAUGUUGAAUCGCUGUCACAGAGUACGAGAGCUAUAACCACUAAUCUACGGCGCCACAUUGGGUUUGGGAACCAAAACUGAUGAUUAAUAGCCUAAAAGGUGCAGUAGUUUUCAGGAAAGUUUGACCGAUUUAAGCUACAUUUGCAUGUCAUGUAGCUAACUAGCUACAGACUGUAUUGCAUAUAAAGUUUCACAUAAAGAGCGUAAAAUAAAUGUUUUCUUAUAUUUAACACGACCAUCGUUAUAAUGCAGUAUCAGCAGCAGAUCAGAAUUACAAACUUUGACAAGCAAAUCUACAGUGCAAUUUUCUGAUAAUAUUCUUCAUGAACUUUAUGAAAAGGGCUGUGUACUUUUGUAUUAAGAUAACAAGUCCUUUAUUAAUUGCUAUUUUGUUUUGUACACAAAUACUCAAAAAACAUUUUUAUAAAUUUGAAUCCUAAAUCGAACAUUUUUUCUUACAUAUUUUGGCCUAUGGACUACAUUGUGUUACAUUGUGUUACAAGCAAAACAUUUUGCUCCAUAAAAAACCUGACAUACGAGCUUAAUUUGUAUGUAAGUGUGUCGUCACUUACAUAAAUAAGGUUAUGAAUAAAAAUUCUCCCUGAUGUGCACAAAAACAUGUGAAUGUAGCUUUAAAAAGCAUCAAGCAUACUGUACAUAUUUACUAUAUUAUCCAGUUUCCCUGUUAUUCAAGUAAUCCUGCCUUUUUUGCCAUGGAUUGUAAAAAAUAUUUUCAAAAUUAGCAUACACUAUCUGUGGAAGAAAUUUUUGUGAAACUUUUUUUUGCAGAACUUUGGGCCAAAUCUGCAAAAAUGUUCCACAGAAAUUUUAGAAAUCAGUCAAAUACGGUUCUAAAAAAUUAUUCUGCAAAAUUUUCCAUUUCAGCUAGCCGCAACAAUUAAAAAAAUUUUUAUUUCUCCAUACUUUGAUUUCUUUAGGAUCUAAGUUAUUAAGUUCUAUGUUGCUCAUUUGUAAAUGCCCUAACUUCUGAAUACUAUGUUAGACAAAAUACUGAUUUUGCCUCUGCUAAAAUAAUUAAACUUUAGGCAACCAAAAAUUAAUACUGCACAUUUCGCAUAUAUUCUGCAAAUUGAAGCAUUUUUGUGUACCACUCACCCACAAAAAUAAGUUUCAGGAAAAUUUAUUGUGCAAAUAAUUUGUACCCUUGGUAAGUUUAGGCUGUUACAACAAUUUUGAAUGCAUAUUGAAAUUGAAAAAAAAAAGUUAUAAAGGUAUUGCUUAUAGCCUGGAAAAGAUUUGAGGUCAGCCAUAAUCUAACACAGCCAUUAUCAGCAUUUCCAAAAAAAUGUUGACAGAGUAAACUGCAAACAUUAAUUUGUGAAAAAUGAAUCACUAAAACUAAUAUAUAUUUAUAUAAUUUAUUUUAGUCUUAUUUUGGUUAAUAGUAUUUGAAAAUUUUUAGAACUUUCUAGGUAGAUCCCGAGUUUUUAUACUUUUUAUAACUGUGUGUAAAUCUGUAUAUUUUUGUUAUUUAUUCAGGUGUAAUUAAAUUGAAGUAUAUCUAAAUUGCGUUAUUUGUCGCCCAUAUUUAAUACUUUUCAGACCAGGUUACUUUAACCCCUUUUUUAUAUAAGAACAAUGUUAUAAGAACAUGAACCUUAGACUCACAAUCCCAGACUCAAAUCAUUGUUUUUACAACUAAAACUACUUAAGAAAUGGAAUAGUCAAAAAGCCUCAAAAAGCGGUUAAGUCACAUAGUUUUGCGCAAUUAUUCAAUCAUUUAUCCUGUUUUUAAAUUGGAAAUCUCAGCCUUGGGUCGACCAUUGUACGUUUUGCUCUGUGGAAAGUUUCUCUUGACAAGGCGGAAAUCUUCAAGCCUUGAGGAUUUUUGUUCUCUUUGAAUUCCCUUGUGAUCAGUCUAUCAUAAACAAUUCGCGAGAAUUUUCCGUUUUCCCUCUCUUUUUUCAUUUGUACUCUCAAUUCCUUUCUUAUUUCGUUUGUUGCAUCCGAAAAAUCCUCAUUAAUGUAGAUGUUCGUGUCCUUUAAUCUGUUAGCAUUUUUUAAUAUUAGGGUUUUGUCUUUGUAAUUCCCCGUUCCCUCUAUACGGCUAAUUCGCAAUGCAUUAUGGUAGUUGUAUUCCGCGAAAACGUAAACAAACCAUUCGUAGUAACAAAAAUGGCCGAACAAGUACACUUCAUCCUUAAUUCUACUCAAAACCAAAGCGAUAUACAAAAUUCUAAUCAAGACAACAGUUUUUUUCAAAACUUGGGCUCUCCUGCAAGCAUUGGCUCAAACUUUUCAUCAAGUUCAAGCUUUUUAUUGCAAGCUAAAAGUAAAGGAGGAGGGAUAACUUGCUGUGUACCUCUCUGUCAAAACAACUCAAAGAAGAAUCCAGACUUAUCUUUUUAUGUCAUUCCUAAAGACUCAGAGCUUCGAAAGAAAUGGCUUUUUAUGAUCAGUAGAAAGGAUUUUGUACCUUCUACAUCGCAUAGAGUUUGCUCUGUUCAUUUCACUGGUGGAAAGAAGACAUAUAUGAACAAUGUUCCCACAAUAGUCCCAAAAACUAUCAAACCAACAGCUAGCAAACCAAGAAAAACUCUCAACAGUACAAACUGUAAAUUGCAACUAUUUUCUCCUGUGAGGGCUACGACAAAUGACAUUGCUGCAGAAUUAUCUGUGGAGGAAGAGUUAAAACAAGAGUUGGAAAAAUUGAGAGCCGAAAUUAGUUGUAUGAGAAUUCAUGAAAAGGAACUUGAUCGAACUAUUGAAAAACAACAAGCCACUAUAAGUGACAUAGCAUUUUCAAUUGACCGGUUUAAACACAAUGAAGCACACUUUAAGUUUUAUACCGGAUUCGAAUCUUAUAAAUUAUUCAAAGCAGUUUUAGAAUAUUUACAACCAGCUGCAAAUAAACUAAUAUAUUGGGGUUCAAAUACUAACACUGAAAAUACAAAAAAUAUAAACUCUACAAAACGAGGCCGAUCACGAUCAUUGAGCGCAGAAGAAGAAUUCUUUAUGAUACUGGUUCGAAUUCGAUGUGGACUUUUGUUAGAAGAUAUGGCUGUUCGAUUUAAUAUGUCGACAAGUCACAUAAGCAGAAUAUUGAUUACAUGGACAGAUUUUUUACAUUCACAAUUCCGUAUGCUUCCAAUAUGGGCUUCAAAAGAAACAGUACAAAAUAGAAUGCCGAAAUGUUUUCAAAAAAGUUACCCAAAUACCCGUGUCAUAUUAGAUUGUACAGAAGUAUUUGUGGAAAUGCCUACGUCAUAUCGCACACAGUCCAGUACCUUUUCAAAUUACAAACACCAUAAUACAGCAAAAGGAUUAGUCGGAAUAGCUCCUGAUGGAUCAGUGACAUUUGUCUCUGAUUUGUAUGGUGGACGCUUUUCGGAUAAACGAAUAACAAAAGAUAGUGGUAUAUACGAUUUGCUAGAGCCUGGGGAUUCUGUGAUGGCUGAUAGAGGAUUUGAGCUCGAGGAAGAUUUACCUGAUGGAGUAACAUUAAAUAUUCCACCAUUUUUAGAUGGAAAACCUCAGCUAAGUUUAUUAGAGGAAAACGAAACUAGAAGAAUAGCAUCUGUACGUGUACAUGUCGAACGAGCAAUCGAACGUAUAAAAAAUUACCGAAUUUUACAAACAGUUUUCAAACUAUCAAUGGCUGCUGAACUCAAUAAGAUAUGGGUUAUUUGUUGUUAUUUAGUUAAUUUUUUACCACAGUUGGUACCAGAUGUAAAUACGAAUGACUAAAAAUUAUAAACUUUCGUACACUAUAUAUAUAUAUAUACUAGAUCAUGAAAUAUAAAGACAAAACAAUAUUGUGAGGAAACAAUUUUAUUUACUCACACUGUUGUUCUGUAAUGUUGCUGUGCAUGAAAGUGAAAUAAAAGUGUGUUAGCUCAGGCAAAGUAAUUCUGUUCCAUUUUUCCUUUUGAAAAACUAUUGUUUCCACAUGUCGGUCAACUUUUGUAUAAACAAUAAAAUCAAUUUCAUUGACUUGUGUUACUGCCAUCACACCUUGACAUUGGUGAAAAUAAUUAUGUCUUUCUUUGAGUUUUGGCUUGCCAUUCGAUAUUUGUAAAAAAAAAUUUUUAUCUUUGCAUGCGUCAGAAAUAGAGCAAUCCUUUUUUGAAUAUGGGCACUUCACCUCAAUCAAUCGAGCAUUCCCAUUCAAAGUUGUUGCGCCAUCAGGACUUGCACCUAACCACGGCCAUUUUGGAUUAAUAACGAAACCACAUUUUUCGACUUCAAUAUUUUUCUCGGUUUGAUACCAGUUUAGAGCAUUAACUUCAUUUUCUAAGCCCCAUUUGCAGGCCUCUGAUGUAAAGUUUUUAUUUUUAUUUAGACAUUUUUGUAAUAUGCUUUUUGGAUGUAUAUUUUUUCUUCUAUUUAUAAUAGAUCCAAAAUUGGAUGA